GCUUCCUGUUCGUGCUGCGUGGCGAGUGACAAGGCGCGCGCUGAUGGUGGUUUCAAACAACAAGCAGGAAUAAAAGUUUCUUCCUUUUGAGAGUUGACGAUACAGUUGUAGGUAAGCCAGGUCUAACGGGCCCAGCUGAAGUCCCGGUCCGUGUGGUCCAGUCCGGACGGUCUCAAUGACCGAGUGUAAUCUCUGAAGCAGCUGGUUAGUGAUUAACUGGAGUGUGUUUGCAGCAGCUGCAGAGACCUGCAGCACACACACCGUCUCACCAUGCAGUGGGUCCGUACUUCUCUCUGCACAGCCGCUCGGGUCAGAUCCUGGGUUUGGACCCGGAACCACACGGCAGCUGUCCGGAUGGACCUGAGCGGAAUUUAUCCGCCCAUCGCCACUCCGUUCACCGCCACGGAGGACGUGGACUACAAGAAACUGGAGGAAAACCUGCAGAAAUAUGCCAAGAUACCGUUUAAAGGUCUAGUGGUUCAGGGGUCCAACGGUGAGUAUCCGUACCUGAACGAAGAGGAGCGAGUGGAGGUAGUGAGGACGGUCAGACGAUUCCUGCCGGCUGGAAAACUGCUGAUUGCUGGAUCGGGAUGUGAAUCCACCAGAGCCACCGUCCAGCUCACUGAGAAGAUGGUGGCAGCCGGAGCAGACGCCGUCCUGGUGGUCACCCCCUGCUUCUACAAGGGGAAGAUGGACAGCCGUGCUCUGAUUGCUCACUUCACGAAGGUGGCAGACAGCAGCCCAGUGCCGGUGGUUCUGUACAGCGUCCCGGCCAACACGGGUCUGGAGCUGCCGCUGGACGUUGUGGUCGCUCUUUCCCAGCACCCAAACAUCCUGGGCCUGAAGGACAGCGGAGGAGAUGUAAGCAGGAUAUUUCUCAGUUUAUGGAUUUGAGGGCAUCCUUCCUUG